AUGGCCUCGUCGAAAAAGCGGAAUCGCUCUUUCGAGUCCAUCUCAAUCGGCUCAGCAUUGGUCAUACUCGGUUGCGGCCUCAUAGCUUACAUCGAAGAAGGCCCACAAGCUCUGAAAUUACUCCAUGGAUACGAGGUCAUUGUCAGCCUUGGUCUGGGCAUCGUGUUGGUGUCAGGAACCAUUGUCAUCAAAUUGGCAGCACAACCCCAAAACGCAGGUCUUCUAUCGAGAAGUAGGACGGAGGCUAAGUAUUUACUCCUUGCAUCAGCGGCCGCACAAGGUCUUCAAGGUCAAAUGCGUCUACUCGGCGGCAACAUCAGCCUCUCCAUCGCCACGAUCAUUCUCAAUGCGCGUCUCAGCUCCGAUCUCUAG